AUGACAGAAGUGGCACCAGAACCGGGACAUGGCACUGACCUCAAGGUUCCGUUGCUGUUUGCAGUACGUGAUAAUAAACCGAAGGAGGCGAUCAGAUUGUUAAAGGAAGGUGCCGAGGUUGACUACAAGGACCAGACCGGAUGUUUCCCCUUACACUACGCCGCUCAGAAAGGUUAUAUCGAUGUUGUUGAUCUUUUGCUGGAAAAGGGUGCCGAGACAUUCGCAUGGGAUAAGAAUGGCCAAACAGCGUUACACAAAGCUGCUAUGCAAGGGCACGUGAACGCUAUAAUAUCCCUGGUCGCCAGAGGAGCCAGGGUUGAUAUAAUUGAUCGGACUGGACGGUUGGCACUGGAGUAUGCCGUGAGGAGCAAACAUGUUGCUGCCGUAAAGCUGCUGUGUCAGUUUGGAUCAGAGCCACUUCUCUUAGACUGGACAUGGUUACAAGAUGACGACCUCAAGAAAAAAUCCGACCUGUUCGAAAUAGCCAAAGUUUUAAAGAGACAGCUCAUGCGUAUAUCUGGUUAUAAACACGGGUAUGUACACUUCCGACUAUAG